UUGAAAGAAGGAACUUUGUCAAGCUUUCCGGACUUUGGAAUCGCAGGCACCAGGUCGCAGGCCUGGGCAGCGUCUGCAGCAACAGAGAUGCAGCUGUUCCUUCUCCUAUUCCUGCUGCUGAUGGCCUCUACUCCAGGGUCCUGGGCUCGAAAUGUGAGGCGCCAGAGUGACACCUGGGGCGCCUGGGGCGAAUGGAGCCCCUGCAGCCGGACCUGUGGAGGAGGCAUCAGCUUCCGGGAGCGCCCCUGCUACUCCCAGAGGAGAGAUGGAGGCGCCAGCUGUGUGGGCCCGGCGCGCAGCCAUCGCACCUGCCACACCGAGAGCUGCCCAGAUGGCGUGCGGGACUUCCGGGCCGAGCAGUGCGCGGAGUACGAUGGCACCGACUUCCAGGGUCGCCGCUACCGGUGGCUGCCCUACUACGCAGCCCCUAAUAAGUGUGAGCUGAACUGCAUUCCCAAGGGGCAGAACUUCUACUAUAAGCACAAGGAUGCUGUGGUGGACGGGACCCCCUGUGAGCCUGGCCAGAGGGACAUCUGUGUGGAUGGCGUCUGCCGAAUCGUUGGCUGUGAUCACAAGCUAGACUCAACCAAGCAGGAGGACAAGUGUCUACAGUGCGGGGGCGAUGGCUCAUCCUGCUACCCAGUCACAGGAACCUUUGAUACCAAUGAUCUCAGCAGAGGUUACAACCAAAUCUUCAUCAUUCCUGCUGGGGCCACUAGUAUUCGCAUCGAGGAAGCUGCUGCCAGCAGGAAUUUCCUGGGCUGCCUUCCCACAGCCGUGAAGAGCAUCCGUGGCGAGUACUAUCUCAAUGGGCACUGGACCAUUGAGGCAGCCCAGGCUCUUCCGGUGGCCAGCACGGUCCUACAAUAUGAACGAGGUGUGGAAGGGGACCUGGCUCCUGAGAGGAUCCAGGCCCGGGGCCCUACCUCGGAGCCCCUGGUCAUCGAGCUCAUCAGCCAGGAGUCCAACCCCGGAGUACACUACGAGUACUACCUGCCCGUGAAUGAACCCGGCCGAAGUUUCAGCUGGAGCCAUGGCUCCUGGGGUGGCUGCAGCGCCGAGUGCGGUGGAGGUCACCAGACCCGCCUGGUGUUCUGCACCAUUGACAACGAGGCCUAUCCAGACCACAUGUGCCAACACCAGCCUAGGCCAGCCCACCGACGGUCAUGCAACACUCAACCUUGUCCGAAGACCAAGCGGAUCUCUUUCCUGCACCGUCCUGGAGCGUGGCGCUAUGCUGGGGCCCAGCAUGUGUGUAGGAACAGCUGGAAGGUAGGACCAUGGACACCCUGCUCUGUCUCCUGUGGGGGUGGAUUCCAGUCUCGCUCUGUCUACUGCGUAUCCUCAGAUGGGACUGGUGGCCAGGAGGCUGCUGAGGAGACCCAGUGUGCUGACCUAGCUGGGAAGCCCCCCACCACACAGGCUUGCAACCUGCAGCACUGUGCAGUCUGGAGCGUGGAGCCCUGGGGAGAGUGCUCGGUUACAUGCGGAACUGGCAUCAGGAAGAGGAGUGUCACCUGCCGAGGGGCUGAGGCCGCAGCAUGUUCCUUGAAGGACCAGCCAACCCUCACGGAGCCCUGUGUGCAAGAGGCCUGUCCCGUGCUCCGUGGCCAGGCCUGGCAUGUCGGCUCGUGGAGUCUAUGUUCUAAAAGCUGUGGUUCCGGGAUUCGGAGACGGCAGGUGGUUUGUACCGUCGGGCUGCCUGGUCGUUGUGCGGACCUGCAGUCAUCCAAGCCUGCUGAGGUGGAAGCCUGCAACAGACAGCCCUGCCAUCUUCCUCAGGAGGUCCCUAGUAUACAGGACUCAAGGACCCGCCCCUCAGAUUCCAGGAUGCUUUCAGGCCCCCAAGUGUCUCCAGUUGCAGAUACUAGAGACCAGCAGUGGGCUACCCUGGAGAGAGCCAGGGCUCAGAGUAACCCCAGAGAGGCUCAGGACCCCCACCUGUCCUCUGCAGGCUGGGCCCCAACUCUGCAGCAUCCACCGCACCAGCCACCCCCGAGGCCUAGCUCAGGGCCCCAUGACUGCAGACACAGCCCCCAUGGGUGCUGUCCUGAUGGCCACACACCAUCUCUCGGGCCUCAGUGGCAGGGCUGUCCCCUGGCGGGGGCCUCAUGUCUUCAGAGCAGGUACGGAUGCUGCCCUGAUGGGGUAUCUGCAGCUGAGGGCCCCCGACAGGCUGGCUGUACCAGGUCUCACAGCAGUGACAAUACAGGAAACAGGCCAGGGUCCAGGGUAGUGGCUUCCAAGAACCCCAAGAUCCACCAACCCCAGGCCCAUGAAAGUGAGCCCAGUGAGUGUCGAAGCUCUAAGUUUGGCUGUUGCUAUGACAACGUGGCUUCUGCAGCUGGUCCUCUGGGGGAAGGCUGUGUGGGCCAGCCCAGCUAUGCCUACCCAGUGCGGUGUCUGCUGCCCAGUGCUCAAGGGUCGUGCGGAGACUGGGCUGCCCGUUGGUACUUCGUGCCAUCAGUGGGCCGGUGUAACCGCUUUUGGUAUGGUGGCUGCCACGGCAAUGCCAAUAACUUUGCGUCGGAGCAGGAGUGCAUGAACACCUGCCGGGGGCAGCAUGGGCCCCACCGUCCUGAGGCAGGAGCCGCUGGACAUCGCGUCCACAUGGGUGGUGGCCAACGUGGUCCUGGAGGCCAGCAGGAACCUGAUUGGCACAGGACAGGAGCCACAGUCUCAAGACUUCCCUCACCUUCUGGAAGCCCUUGGCGGAGAGAACAGGAGCCUGGGCCAGGGGAGGCGCCCCACAUCCCAGCCCAUGAGAGACGGCCUGGAGGUCAGGAGCUCCGGCCCAGAGUCCCCGGACUGGAUCGAGAUGCUAGGCCAGCAGUGCCACCUACACAUAGUCCCUCCUAUAGGAUCAGCUUGGCAGGCUUGGAACCCUCCCUGGUACAGGCCGCUCCAGGGCAGGCAGUACAACUCUUUUGCCCUGGCAACAUCCCCCCGGAAUUCCAGGCAGGGUGGCAGAAAGAGGGCCGGCCCAUCGCCUCUAACAGGUACCAACUACAGGCAGAUGGCUCCCUCAUCAUCAGCCCCUUGAGGCCAGAGGAUGCUGGCAUCUAUAGCUGUGGCAGCCACAGGCCAGGCCACGAGACCCAGAAGAUACAGCUUCAAGUCACAGGGGAUGACAUGGCAGUGCUGUCUGAGGGCCAGCCAAGGCAUUUCCCUGAGACCAGGAAUCCAGACCCUGGCCAUGGUCCUCGGAACCAUGGAACAGGAGCAGAAGCUGGGGGCCACAGGGUUCUCUCUUCCUCACACCCUAGGCCUGCCACCAGGUUACGUCUGGACCGGACUCAGCCUGGAGUGGUAGAUGCCAGUCCUGGCCAGCGGAUCCGGCUUCCCUGCCGUGCUGAAGGCUUCCCAGUCCCCACCAUCGAGUGGCAAAGAGAUGGGCAGCUGGUCUCUUCUCCCAGGCACCAGGUGCAGCCUGACGGCUCUCUGGUCAUCAGCCGGGUGGCUGUGGAAGACGGUGGCUUCUACGCCUGUGUUGCUUUUAAUGGGCAGGACCGAGACCAGCGCUGGGUCCAGCUCAGAGUUCUGAGGGAGCUGACAAUCACAGGCCUGCCUCCUGCUGUGACGGUGCCAGAGGGUGACACUGCCAGGCUUCUCUGUGUGGUGGCUGGAGAAAGCGUGAACAUUAGGUGGUCCAGGAAUGGACUGCCGAUACAGGCUGAUGGCCGUCGUGUGCACCAGUCCCCAGAUGGCACACUGCUGAUCCACAACUUGGGGCCCAGGGACGAGGGCUCUUACACAUGCAGUGCCUUCCGUGGGAGCCAGGCCGUGAGCCGCAGCACCGAGGUGAAGGUGGCCCUCCCAGCUCCAGCCGCACAGUCCAGGGACCUAGGCAAGGACUGCAUCGACCAGCCCGAGCUGGCCAACUGUGCAUUGAUCCUGCAGGCCCAGCUCUGUGGCAAUGAAUAUUACUCCAGCUUCUGCUGUGCCAGCUGUUCCCGCUUCCAGCCGAAUGCCCAGCCUGUCUGGCAGCAGGGAUGAAGGCGAGCUGUGGCCCACUAGCUGUGGCCCAGUUCUGGAUGGUUUGCUGGGGAGAAGGGAUGGUAAGACACGGCUUGCAGAGGGAGUCAUCUUUCAGAUACUGCCCCUCUCAGAAAUCCAGGGUUGAGCCCCAGCAGCUGCCAGUGCCGGCUGGCCUCCCCUGUAGUGCUCAGCAGGGUCUGUGAUAGGACCACAGGCUGCUGUGAGGAGGGAACCCUUCACGCCUUCUCUCUAGUUUCUGCUGCUACGAGAACCUUUGAUCUGAAAUGCUUUGGACUGGAAUGUCUUACACUUUUAAGUAUUUGUAGACUUUACUAAUUGAGUGAGCGUCCCUAGCCUAAAA